AGAACAUCGGUGAAAGUUGCCUGUACAUCUCCAACAAAAACUUCUGCCAAACGCCCCUAAAGACAUUUCAUUGUCUAUAAAUAGCGGGAAGGAAUAUAGAACAACCACAACAUAAAAAAACAUUAUGGGUACUGAAAAUAGUGUAGUUCGGAAGCAUUAUGUUCUGGUGCACGGGGCUUGCCAUGGAGCUUGGAGUUGGUACAAGGUGAAGCCACGCCUUGAAUCUGCUGGUCACCAAGUCACGGUACUUGACCUUGCGGCUUCUGGUACCAACAUGAAGAAAAUUGAAGAUGUUGAUACUUUUUCACAGUACUCUGAGCCUUUGUUGCAGCUAUUGGCGACAAUCCCCCCAAAUGAAAAGGUAGUUCUUGUGGGGCACAGCCUUGGAGGGCCUAACAUAGCCCUUGCCAUGGACAUAUUCCCACAAAAGGUAGCAGUUGGUGUCUUCUUAGCUGCUUUUGUGCCAGACCUUGAACACAAACCCUCCUAUGUCAUUGAAAAGUACAUUGAGAGUACCCCAGCAACUGAAUGGUUGGACACUGAAUUCUCGCAACGUGGAAACAAAACAUCAAUGUUCUUUGGUUCCAAAUUCUUGUCCACCAAGCUCUAUCAACUCUCCUCCACUGAGGAUCUUGAAUUGGCCAAGACCUUAAUAAGGCCAGGGUCACUUUUUCCUGAAGACUUGUCUCAGAGAAAAAACUUCUCCAAAGAGGGAUAUGGAUCAGUUCCACGUGCUUUUAUUGUUUGCACUGACGACCUUGGAAUUCCGUUGAAAUUUCAGCUUUGGAUGAUCGAAAAUGCUGGGAUUAAUGAUAUGCUAGAGAUCAAUGGCGCAGAUCAUAUGGCUAUGCUUUCCAAGCCACAAGAACUAUGCGAUUCUCUCCAGCAGAUAGCUCUUAAAUACGCAUAAAUUCAUGAAACAGGCUUUAGUUUUAUUUAUUGUGUUUGAAUUUGACUUUUGUUUGAAAAAUAAGAGUCUCUCCUUUGAAACCACAAGACAUAUAAAUAAAGUGGUAUUCUUGCAUCCUGUGUGUUUUUUCCUCUACAAGCCUGCAUGUUUGUAAAUUUUAGAGAUAUUUGGAACGGGUUGUACUUUUGUGUAAAUUCAUAUUGAUGAAUAAACGAAUGGAAAAAUGUUUGUCAUUUUAAAUAACAUA